AUGGACCUGACCCCGGAUGAGCAAGUCUUAUUGGAGAAGUACAUGGAAACUUAUGUUGGCCAGUUAACAGAUAUUUCUAGCUUCUACGCCAACAUCGACUGGAAACACGUAACUAAAAUAACCAAGUAUAAUGAUGUCGAGACGUUGAAAUUGACCAUAGACGAAUUUUUUGACCGCAUGGUUAUGGAUCAAGACUUGCAACUUUCGAACUUUGUUGCACGGUGGGGUAAACUGGAUACGCCAUUAUAUUCCAACGUAUCGCAAAUGAUGGAUUCCAUUGGAAUUUUGCCGUUUAAAGAAGUAGCUGAUGCAACAUCCACCAGUGAAGGUAUCCAAAAAAACCCUGUUCCAGAAAUUGAGCCAAGUUCGAAAGCACGCGAUAUGCCCAAAUUGACCAAAAAUCAGAGACGACUAUCACUAGAACUAAUGCAACGAAGACCGAAUUUGUACACCACGACAACGGAAGGUCAAUUAUUCACAACCGCAGCUGCAAGUGUAACUAAUCUAAAUGUCACAACCAUGUCAAAGCCGGUAUUGGAGAGCACGCUCAGCGACAAAGUCAACUCCGAAACCGGGCUAGGAAUGAAAACCAGACGUACUUCACUUGUUAAUGAACAAUUACCCAAAUAUAUUCGUGAACAGUUGAGACAGGGACAACAACCAGUUCAAAAAAUCACGCCGAAACCAUCAGUUCGAAAAUUCAUCCUGAACAAUCUUGCGCCAAUUUCAGACAUGCGUGAGGUUUCGCGAAAGCCAUCAAGAUUACAAAAUGUUGUAACUAACUCACAGUCCUUAUACGCGCAUUCAAACGACGUUAAUUCGACCAGUAACACGUCUGAAAUUGAGCAUCAACUUCGGUAUGAUACAGAUGAUGACGACAGGGAGUACAUUCUGCCUGCACUGUUGGCAAAGUAUUACGGUGUCCAGUUUGAGGAAGGAAGUGACGUUGAGUACGAUAAUGAUGAUGAUGAUGAUGAAGAUGAAGAGGAGGAAGAUACAGAUUUUGUCAAGGUCCCAGGCGGUGCUUCAGAUGAUGAUGGUGAAAAUGACUAUCUAUUUAAAGUUUGA